CGGCGGCUGGGGCUGCUGGCAGGCGCCGUCCGCCCCUCCGCUGUGGACGCAGAGCUCGGCUGAGAGAGGCGGCUGAGAAAUGGAGGGGAAAAUGGAGUAUUAAACGUGGCAGCGAUGCGGCAGACCCUAGGAGAACCAUGGCCACAUCCGGUGACUGCCUCCAAGGUGAACUGCAGGAGGGAGAAGGUCGUGUGGAGUGUGGUGACCAGGAGCAGCUCCAGGAGGGUGCGCAGCCCGAAGAGUUCGUGGCCAUUGCAGACUAUUCUGCCCCUGACCGGACGCAGCUCAGCUUUUUGAGAGGAGAAAAAAUUCUCAUCCUGAGGCAGACAACUGCUGAUUGGUGGUGGGGCGAGCGUGCAGGCUGCUGUGGGUACAUACCUGCAAACCACCUCGGGAAGCACCUGGAGGAUUGUGACCCUGAGGACACAUGGCAGGAUGAGGAGUACUUCGGCAGCUAUGGAACGCUGAAACUUCACUUGGAAAUGUUGGCAGACCAGCCACGGACAACUAAAUACCACAAUGUUAUCCUGCAAAAUAAAGAAUCUCUGAAAGAUAAAGUGAUUCUGGACGUCGGCUGCGGAACAGGGAUCAUCAGCCUCUUUUGUGCCCACUACGCGCAGCCUAAAGCCGUGUACGCGGUGGAGGCCAGUGAGAUGGCCCAGCACACAGGGCAGCUGGUCAUGCAGAAUGGCUUUGCCGACAUCAUCACUGUGUUCCAGCAGAAGGUGGAGGAUGUGGUGCUGCCGGAGAAGGUGGACGUGCUGGUGUCCGAGUGGAUGGGGACCUGCCUGCUGUUUGAGUUCAUGAUCGAGUCGAUCCUGUACGCCCGGGACGUGUGGCUGAAGGAGGGCGGGGUCAUCUGGCCGACCACGGCCGCGCUGCACCUGGUGCCCUGCAGCGCCGACCGGGACUACCGCAGCAAGGUGCUCUUCUGGGACAACGCCUACGAGUUCAACCUCAGUGCCCUCAAAUCUUUAGCAAUUAAGGAGUUUUUUUCGAAGCCCAAGUAUAACCACAUUUUGAAACCAGAAGACUGUCUCUCGGAGCCGUGUACAAUAUUGCAGCUGGACAUGAGGACUGUGCAGAUCGCGGACCUGGAGACGAUGAAAGGCGAGCUGCACUUCGAGAUCAGGAAGGCCGGCGCGCUGCACGGGUUCACGGCCUGGUUCAGCGUGCGGUUUCAGAGUCUGGAGGAGGACGAGCCCCAGCUGGUGUUGAGUACAGGCCCCUUCCACCCAACCACCCACUGGAAGCAGGUGCUCUUCAUGAUGGACGAGCCUGUCUCCGUCGUCCCGGGGGACGUGGUCACGGGCUCGGUUGUGUUGCAGAGAAACCCCGUGUGGAGGAGGCACAUGUCCGUGGCGCUGAGCUGGUCUGUUACUUCCACGCAAGACCCCACGUCACAGAAAGGUGGAGAGAAGGUCUUUCCCAUCUGGAGAUGACAGCUGACGCUCUGUGGGGAGCGGGGAGCUGACCUGA